GAAAAGAGGAGAAUUUGUGAGAGGUCAUCAAACGACAGAAGGAGAAAGUUGAUGAAGUCCAACCUGGCGACGGACGCCGAAGUUAUCCAGAGCUUGUCCAGGACCUGAAUGGACUGCAGGAGGCCUGGUUCGCAAAAGACUGGCUCACUGCGCUGUGAGUGAGACGGGAUGCUUCAGGAUUUAAGCGCCAGCGUCCUCUUUCCGCCGUGUCUGCAGCAUCCAACUUUUGCUCAAGUUCCCGACAAUGACGAGCAGUUCGUCCCAGACUUCCAGACUGAGAACUUGGUCUUCCACGGACUGCAGCUGAAGAUCAAGAGGGAGCUGCACAGUCCGUGCUCUGAGCUGAGCUCCACCUGCAGCCAAGAGCGGCCCUUCAAGCUCCAGUAUGGAGAGAAGUGCCUGUACAACGUCAGUGCCUACGAGCAGAAGCAGCACGCAGGCAUGAAGCCCUCUAGCCCAGUGACGCCCCCCUGCAGCACCCCCGUGUCCCCACUUCAUAAUGGCGCCCCGACGCCCAAACCCGAGCGGACCUACGCCCACGCUCCGCCUUCCGCCCACGCGCCAACCUCCUUACCCGAUGCCGCCUACGCUAUCGACCACAGAUUUCGCCGUCAGCUUUCCGAGCCGUGUCACUCGUUCCCGUCCCCGCCGACCAUGUCCCGGGACGUCCGGCCCCUCUACCAGCGACAGAUGUCUGAGCCCGCCAUCCCCUUCCCCCCUCAAGGCUUCAAGCAAGAGUACGCCGACCCGUUGUUUGAACCCCAUCCCGCCAUGAUGGGCGCCCCGCUGCCUCACAUGUACCCCGCCGCCAUGAUGAUCAAGCAGGAGCCCCGGGACUUCAACUAUGACUCAGCGGAGGUGCCAAGUUGCCAUUCGGUCUACCUGCGCCAAGACGGCUACCUGGCCCACGCCAAUCGGACUGAAGGUUGCAUGUUUGACAAAGUGGCCAGGCACUUUUACGAUGACACCUGCGUUGUGCCGGAGAAAAUGGAAGGGGACAUCAAGCAGGAAGCGGGCCUGUACCGCGAGGGUCCGUCCUACCAGCGGCGAGGGUCUCUUCAGCUGUGGCAGUUCCUGGUCGCGCUGCUGGAUGACCCCGCCAACUCACAUUUCAUCGCCUGGACGGGCCGUGGCAUGGAGUUCAAGCUCAUCGAACCUGAGGAGGUGGCACGCCGAUGGGGCAUCCAGAAGAACCGACCGGCCAUGAACUACGACAAGCUGAGCCGAUCGCUGCGUUACUACUACGAAAAAGGAAUCAUGCAAAAGGUGGCGGGCGAGAGAUACGUGUACAAGUUUGUGUGCGACCCGGAGGCCCUGUUCUCCAUGGCGUUCCCCGACAACCAGCGUCCGGUCCUGAAGAGCGACGUGGAGCGUCACGUCAACGAGGAGGACACCGUGCCCCUGUCGCAUUUCGACGAGAGCGCCCCCUACGCCCAGGAGGCCCCGUAUUGCCAGCCGCAUCCCUACAGCGAGGCCUACGUCUAUUAGAGGGUGCGGACAAAGACUCAACUCACCUCUUCUGAUUAUGAUUUUUAUGAUUUGAGGCGGGCAUUUUAGGCUCACGGGGGUCCUCCUUGAAAGAUGAACUUGUCUUUGACGUUUUGUCCCGUUGCUACCAAAUUCCAACCACCUACAGUCAACUAGACGCAUAGCGGAUGCUAAAUUGCUCGACAAUUAUUUUGGCCGGUGUGUUCCCUCGCAUGUUUUGCUAGAAAAUUCUGCCUCCGAGGUCAAUUUAAGUAGACCCCAAAAAAGCUUUCCUGAGCUCAUUUGUUCUGUUGAAAAUGUACGAUCGGUACCGUUUCCAAAACCGCUUUCCCCGAAACCAGUUUCACUCGGGAAGAUGAAAUUUGGUCGUCAUGUCUGUUUAUGAAUUGACUCACAACAACAACAACAUUAACAAAACAAGAGGCCAUCCAUGAAAACACACACGAGAAUGCCGCCAUUUUGGUUUAAAGUAGCCAUUUUAUACCCAUAGUGGCUAUUUCCAGGGAUUCCUCUCACACAGGGGUGUCGAAUUUUUGUCGCAGGCCAGAUUGUAGUUAUGAGUUCCCUCAGAAGGCCGUUAUGAUGAAACUGUAGAAAACCUGAAUCGCCUAAUCAUAUUUACACAUGACAUUUAUGAACUAAUUUGGAAUCAGAAAUCAAGCAUCAUGUGUUUUUCAACCAUUGUUCCCGUUAGGUAACAAAAAUGUUAACAUUAUCAUUUAUGAUCUAUGACGAUUUGAAAUGUUGCGACAUAUUUUCACCAAGAAUCACGGAUUUUCACAAUGAUGAUUUGCUUUCGCGGGCCACAUAGAAUCAUGCGCCGGGCCGGAUCUUGGCCCCCGGGCAUUGAGUUUGACAUCUGUGUUCUAACACAAACUUUUAUUUGAGAUUAUUUACAAAUCUGAGCCAAAAAAAACAUUGUAAAACCUUGCAACAAUCAGCCCCCCCCCCCCCCCCCCCCGCAUGGCAGAUUCGAUUGGGUGGGCGUGUCCAUUACUUCCGCCUAUUCGAGGUCUGGUGGGGGGGGGGGCAACCUUACCAGGGGAAGCCCCGACUUGCCGCCUCCUCCAGCUCUUCCGAGGGGAUCGCGAGGUCUUCCCAAGCAAGCCGAGGGGCAUUUAUUCCCAGUGUGUAGGACACGGAAAAUUCCAUUUAAAAAAAAUAAAUACAAAUAUGGACAAAAACCUGCCCCCAAGACCCGUUUCACACAUUCAUCAUAAAUGGACGUACGAAAAAUUCACGAGGCCCCGUAGCCAAAAUUGCACAGCAAGUAAGCCGUUGUGCUCUGAAGCCAGUUCAGGGUGUAGUCCGCCUUUUGCCCGAAGCUGGUUGGGAUAGGCUCCAGCUUUCUUGUGACACUUGUGAGGAUAAGUGUCUUGGAUAAUGGAUGGAUGGACACGAAAUUCCAUUGACAUCAUCACCUUCCUGAGUAAAAUGAUCCCACGUCCAAAAUGAAAUAACUAUUCAAGUCAGCUAUUUUUGGGGGCCAAUUCUAAGGCUUGCACUUGGAUUAAAAUUUAUUAUGAAAUUUUCCCAAAUUGGAAGCAGGCAAAUGGGAUCAAAUUUCUUUUUAACGGCACCGAAUGUUAGCGAAGCAUGACGUCAAACUUUAACGAUGACUUGAAAAAGAGGGAGCGAGCACUCGUUGAUUAUUAUUAUCAUCGUUAUUAUGAUUCUCAUCACCGUCAACUUUUAUUUUGUCGACGUGCACUUUACGGAAGCUGACGACUCUGGCGUCGUUUUAUGUUUGUACAUGAAGUGUUUCCUUUUCACCAAAAUAUUAAAGAUGAAACUUUCCAGCAUGCAAGAUCACAGCCAGGUUGGAUUUCGCCGGCGCCAGGACAAAAAAAAAAAGUCUGAUUGCGUAUUUUGGGGUCCCCCCCCCCGUGGGCUCAUUCGAGGAGAACUUUAGCGCUAGCGUGACUUCAUCCGAACACGUUCGGGACGUAAAACCCAGUCGGAAGCGGACUGAUGAACGCGUGGACGUCGAGAAAUUGAACGGACGCCCCCGUUAGGGACUCCCUUUUUACCUUCCGGAACAUGCAUCCUACUGUUUCUAAUGUUUUGGCCCCUCUCAUGUCGCUGAUUAUGAAUAUCCGUCAACCACAAUAAUAAACAUAAUGUUCAAUGAA